AUGUCGUGUGAAAUCCACGAGCAUUCACAGCCUGUUUUCCUUGGCAAGAAAGAUCUCAUUGUGCUGGGUUACCUCCCAGAGCUCAAUCUUAAAGAUCCUGACAUUGCGCCUGGUGUCCUCUGUGAAUAUAACGACCUAGGCCUGCUCAUUCCCUCCUGCCAUCCCACCUCCGACAACGACCUCGAUCGCCUCCUUCUAUUCCAGGAUCCAACUUCUGACAACAACGUGGUCCUCGUCGCUCACUGCUGGGAUCUUACUUUCCACCACGACCUAAGCCUUCUCGUUCGUUUCCGUGAUCCCACCAGUAACGACUUACCAAGCUCCUUCGUUAAUACCGUCUCCGACAACUCACUCAGCUACUACGUUUCGCUCCGUGUCCUCCGCGGCAUCAACGACUUGACCUCUCUCUUUCCUUCCAGAUUCGCACCUCCAACAACCCACCCAGCCCAUACCAUGGCAGCAAAGGCAGCGUACCGACAUCUGCUACGAGCAACACGAAUAGCUUUCGAGGGCGACUACACUCUAUUACACGCGGCACGGAUGCAAGCACGGACAGGAUUUGACAGCCUCAGUUCACUUGAGCCAGCAUCAGAAGAAGCGCAGAAACAGAUUCAACAUGCUGAAGGCGUGGCCUCAAUACUGCGACACAACCUUGUGCAAGGACAGCAGGUGGAGGGCUCAGAGACAAUAAAGCUGAAUUUACACAAAGACAUUGAGCGUGGAGAUAACGACACAGUCAAAAACCCACUCGGCAAAGGAGGAAAAGUGAAAGUCGUGGGAGGUUCAUAA